AUGAUGAUAUCAAGGAUAUUGAAAAAAGCCGUUGUUUUUGACGCGUUCCCAAAAGUCGAUGCGGGUUAUCAGGAUAAAAGCCCACAAGGUGGGUUCAUAACAAUAGUUGUGUCAAUAUUGUUAUGGUUCUUGAUAAUCAGUGAAUUUCGGGAGUAUUUGAAUUUGAAUCAAAAGUAUCAAUUCUCUGUGGACCAGAAUAUAUAUCAUCAAUUACAAAUUAACGUCGACAUCACUGUAAAUACCCCGUGUAAUCUUAUAACGGUGGAUGUGGUUGACGUGGCCGGGGAAAGAAUUCAUGUGACCGAUAAAUUAAAAGUCGUUCCGACAGUCUUUAAAGUUGGAUCGGCACACCGUCUAGGAGAUGAAACAGUUGAUAUUCGACCAGAUAUUUGGAAGAUGUUAGUUGAGGCCAAAUCAAAAGCGACUUUUUCUAACUCCAACGAUAACUCCAAUGAUAGUGGGUUGAGUGCAUGCAGGGUCUUUGGAUAUUUUGACGUGAACAAGGUCACAGGGAAUUUGCACAUUACAGCGAUUGGCCUUGGAUACGGUGGAUAUUCUCUCCAAAAUCUUCACGCAUUAAAUUUCACCCAUCGAAUUGAUGAAUUCUCAUUUGGUACAUUUUACCCGAGUCUUGUGAAUCCGCUGGAUAAUAGCAUCGAGAUAUCUGAAACAAACAUGGAAACUUUUAAAUAUUUCUUGUCGGUUGUCCCUACCACUUACAUAGACAACAAUAAAAGAGUACUGUUGACAAGCCAAUACUCGGUUACAGAAUAUUCUAAGUCAUACGAAGUCUCGAAAGGUCAAUUUGGGAUCCCAGGAAUAUUCUUUAAGUACGACAUAGAACCAAUCUCCGUACAAAUCACCGAAAAAGGCCCGGGAUUCAUAAAAUUCAUGACUCGAUUGUGCGGGUUG